CUCUCUGAAUCCUUCGCGUGAUGCCGACUAUGAAGGUGUGGACUCGAGUCGCGCUGUGAAGUGUGCCUGACUGAUUUGCUGGCUGCGCUUCUUAUCGUGCCCGCGCGGUCCCUGUCUAUCUGCCUAGGCAGCCGCAUCACAACACCUUUUUGAUUAUUGCAGCCGCAGGACCCUUCAGCCCUCCCACUCGCCUCAGUCGACCCUCGCUGACACAAGGCACCCGUCUCACGGACGCGCGCAUCUCAUCCAUCUCACCUACGUCUGAGAGGCUGGUCGGUGCGGGUGAUGCUGGCGGGUCGCCGGGUGCGUUGUUGAGCCGCCAUCGUCUGGAGGAGCGCUGUGGCGGCCACCCCAUUCGCACCCAUGGUGAUGGGUUUUGAGUCAUUCGACAAUGAGGACGCCGGCUCUCUCUCGCGGCGGAAUCGGCACGCCCACAACCUCCACCACCACUUCCCCUGCUCGGCUGCUGAUUUGUCCAGCGAGGCCGACAGCAGCCUGCUGAUCCCGUCCCCAUCGUCAUGCGGCAGCCGGCAGCGGACCCUCCCCGCCAUCCCCGGCGCGCCCCGGCUGCCCGGCUCGAUGCGCUUCCCCCCUGUGGGUCGGGCAGGCACCCACUGCAACCGGCUGCCGUCCCUGUCAGGCAAGACGCAUGACGAGAUCGACGAGCAGAAAGUCGCACUCGUGCUGCCCGUCCUGUCGGCUGUCAGCACCCACAUUCCCGAUGGGUCGCCCGACCCCCUCUCGCCCACGGCCUUCACGCCUUCGAUGGGCAACCUGAUGUUUCCGCAACUCGAUGGCGCCAGGGAGGGGUUCGGCGAUGGCGAUAUGGGGGAGGCUGACAUGGAUGGGCCGCCUGUCAAGAAAAUGGUCGCGCCCACACCGGCAGCCAAGUUCAGGAGCGCCCCGGCGGCCGAGACCAUCCCCGCUGAGCCUGCUGCUCGUGGGGUUGCUGGUAUUGGCGGUGUUGCCGUGGGGACGCACCUGCCUGCGGUGCACAUGUCGUCACGCGGCCACCUUCCAGAGAAGAAAACCACUGGUGUGGCCGCGCUGCUGCAGAUGAGCGGCCGGGGAGGGGCGGGGGGCGGACACACCCACACCCACAACCACAACCAUACCCACAGCCAUACCAACCACCACUACAGCCACCACCACUCCACACCGUCCCCCCUGCCGCAUGUCAACAGUGAGCGGGGGAUGGGGCUGCAGCGGGUGAGCAACGCCGUCCGCGGCCUCUUUGGUGCCAACAACGCCGAUAGAGAGAGGGAGAGGGAGAGGGAGCGGCCCGCCAAGGCCCCGGUGAAGCUCGCUGCCGUGAUGCCGCCGCCCAGCAAGCCCACCCACCACCACAAGCGGCACGCCAGCCUGCCUGACAUCGGCAGCAUGGGCGUCAACAGCAACUCGGGCAUGGGCAUGGGCAUGGCCAGGGGCGGCAUGGGUGUGGGUGCGGGUGUGCGUGGGGGUGGGGCUGGGAGGUCAGUGGACGAGGACAACGUGUUUUUGUCGGUGGACGACAGCGCCAAGGGCGACAAGAAGGUGGAGCGACUGCCCAGCGUCAAGAGGGGCGGGGGCGGUGGUGGUGGUGGUGUGGGUGUGGGUGACGGCCUGGGGUGCGAUGCGCUAGUGGAUGCUAUCUGCAACCUCAUGUCGGCCGUCACCACAUGCGAGAGGGAACCUGGACAGGUACAGACAACACUUGGGUGGUUUACUGGGGGAUCUCCGGUGACAUUUCUCUCUCUCCUCGUGUCUGUGUGUGUGGUGCAGGUGACCAAGUUCGAUGCAGUGAGUGUGCCGGGGAUCCCUGUGCGCGACUACUUCAUUCGGUGAGCAAACCGCCGCACGCAUACGCACCCAUGCGCCAUGGUGGAGCCCUUCUCUCUGUGUGUGUGUUCAUGUGGGUCAUCAGUUUGUCUGAGUACUGCUAUUGUUCGCCCACGUGUCACCUGCUGAGCCUGAUCUACAUCGACCGGCUGGUCAAGCGCGUGAGGGACUUCCGAGUCGACGCACUCAACAUUCACAGGUAUACACACACACACAGAGAGACGUGUACAAGACAGCUAGUAAGGAAGGGCAUGCGUGCGGGUGUGUGUGUGUGGAUGUGGGCAGGCUGCUGGUGACGACCACCAUGAUCGCCGCCAAGUUCUACGACGACAAAUUCCAUGCCAACAGCUUCUAUGCACACGUAUGAGUGAACUGCACUGCACGCCUCGCCCUCCUUCGCCCCUCCCUUCCCCUCCCCGCCACACACACACACACACCUGUGUCUCUCUCCCUCCGUGUGUCAGGUUGGCGGGGUGUCCACGCGUGAGAUGAACCGUCUGGAGGUGCGGCUGCUGUCUCUGCUCGACUACCGGCUGGUCGUCUCGCCCGAGGAAUUCGCUCAGUACACCCAAUACGUCAUGUCGCUCGCAUCAAGUAACUGACCAACAGACACACACACACACACACACAGGGAGAGCCCAGCCGCAGAUUGACAGACAGAAAUCGACACCGUGUGCGGCGCGUGUGUGUGUGUUGGUCAGUGGUGCGUCCGACGUCCUGUCCUUUGCCGUCGAGCACCAUCCCGCCCCCCGACGCAGACACAGAGCCGCCCAGGAAGAACAUAUCCUUGAAGAGAAGCAAGAAACGGCUCACUGCCGCCUAGAAAGGCCUGAUCAUAGACAGGACAGCCUGCCUGACAUCACACCACACCACACCACACCAUGGCUGCCUGCCUGCCUGCCUGCCGACCGGCUCCCUCUCUCUCCCCUUUUUUUUAUUUGUCCUUUGUGUGCAUAGAAUGAGUGCGUCUGUCUGUCUGUCAGUCAGUCUGUGUGCCCUUUUUGUGUCCAUCUGAUUGUCGGAUGCCACGCUCGACAGACGGGAUGGACGGAAUGGACGCGCAGAGGGAGAGGUUUUGUAUUAGCCGGCUUGGGUGGCGGCUUGGCUUGGCCUGGCUGGUGCGGUGUGGCUGGUGCGGUGGUUUGUUUCACGGACAGUGAAAGACAAGACGACGUUUAUCUUUAUUUCCUUUCCUUUUCUUAUACGGCUGUUAUGGCUGUACGCACCGUCUAUGUGUCUAUGUGUCUAUGUGUGUAUGUAUGUGUAUGUAAGCAGACAGAGACGAUUGGUCGUCUUUCUUUCCUUUCUGUGCAUGCCAUGCGUGUGUGUGGUGGGUAUGUGGUGGGCGGGGCGGUUGUGUGGGUGUGGUGUGGUGUUUGGGUGGGUGUGUGGGGGUGCCUGACAGAGAGGCGGCCAAUCGCCUGACACACAAAGGCAGACAGACAGACAGACAGAAGGAAGGCAGAUAGAGAGAGAUAAUGACAGAUAGAGGGAGAGGAGCUUAUUUAGAAGCUCACGGGGCUAAAUGAUGACUGACUCGCUUGGGGGGGCCUGUGGGCGGGUUGGAUUGCCCGAUGGAUGGAUGGAUGGACAAUCGCAUCAACCGCCGCUGAUCGAGAUAGCAUAGCAUGGCCGGCCGGGAAUGGAUGGAUGGUGUGGUGUGGCCAGGGGCACUCACACGUGCCUUCCGGGAGGGAGGGAUGGAUGGACAAGUGAGAGGUGAAUGGUGUGUAUCUUAUCUGUCUAUCCGUGCAUCUGUGCCUCACAUGUGUACGCGCGCCAGUGCCCUCCCACCCCUCCCCUCCCCUCCCCUCCCCGCCCCCUUGCCGAUCGUAGCAACCGUGACUACUUUGUUCUUCCUCUCUCCCUCCCUCUCUCUGUGGUGCGUUUGUAUCUAUACAACGGUCUGUCUGACGGCUUGCCUCACUGGACUCUCCUUGAUUGAUUGAUUGAUGGGAUUGUAUGACUGCGUUUUUGCCGACGUCUGACUGACUUGACGUGACCCUCCCUCCCUCCCUGUGUCCCUGCCUGCCUGCCUCUCGACUCACUGGGAUCCCUCCUGUGUGCUGUCUGGCUGCGUGUGCACAUGGAACGACAAGUAGGUGCCUGGAAGCCAGCCAGCGCUUUCACGGCAUCCACACAAUUCACUCACGCACGCCAGACAGCAGGUAGAGGGCCCGGUGCAGUCAGUCACUGUCUGGCAGAUAGACGGGCAGACAGGCGGAUGGUGGUCAGAGAUAGGUGGGCGGACGAACGGAUCGGAUGGAUACCGAUCGAUCGGAUCGAUCUGCAUCAUUGCAUUUGUAUACGUAUACGUAUGUGUAUGUGUCCCCGAUCCAUGUCGUGCACGUGUGUGUGUAUGUGUGUAUGUCAGAUCGAGGAGAGAGUGAUUUGUACGGAUCGGAUGGGCGCAUUAAUUGCGCUACGCAGACGUGUGCGCGUGCCACUCACUAUAUAUAACGAUAGAUAUCAAUCGACUGACUGGCGGCGGCGUGGGGUUUGGCUGACUGACUGACUGGUUGGUUGACUGAUUUGAUGGAUGGAUGGAUGCAUUUGGACCAGCUCUGGCACUCAUUGCCUCACCCAGACUCUGUUGAGUGAAAGAAAGCAGUGGCUUAUUU